AUGGAAGCCUACUACCCCUCCCAGCACACCUCGUCCCCCCAAUUCCCUCUCAUCCAGCCCCCAAACUGCCCUCUGUGCCCCAACACGCCUAAACGCAGCAGAGUUGAUUCUGCAAAGCGCAGCACCACGGCUGGUCGCCCUUACUACUACUGUCAGGCAGACCACAAACGUCGGUUUAUCACUUGGGAUGACAUGGUGGGCAUAUCCUCUGCCAACCCACGGUGUCGAUGCGGUCAUCACAGCCGACGAAACGAGGGCAAUGGACCUGUACCAAGUGCAUGGUAUAACUGCUCUUCUCGACGAUGUUCUUUCAAUCAGGACAUUGACGAAGAUGAGAUUGAUGAGUCUCCCAAUUCUAGCCCUUCGAGCUUGAAGGGCAGUUCCGCUUCCUACACGACCGCUGGUUCGUCCUAUAGUGGACACAACAUAAAGGCGAAGGCGAGAGAGGAGAAUGACAGCGAGCUUAUUGAGAAGAUGAAUGCUAUGACUGCCAAGAUCGAGCAGCUCGACACCAAGAUUGCCUCCCGGCCUUCAGCCCCUGCAAGCUCUUUUGACGACAACUGUUCUGUGCAUGGGCAUGGACGCCGCUCGCUUUUCAGUCGUCGCCGCUGCAUCUGCCAUUAG